UACACAGCUGAUACAGGCACAGCUAAGCAAAAGGAGGAGCUGCUGAGAACGUGGCUUGCUUCCUCGGACCAGCCGUAUAUCGUGGCCACGUCUGCACUAAGCGCCAGCUUCGACUAUGCCCACGUUCGUCUAGUUAUACACAUCAAUAAGCCGUCGUCUUUAGUCGACUUCGCCCAAGAGUCUGGCCGGGCCGGACGAGAUGGAAAGGAGGCGUACUCGCUGGUC